AUGUCAUCGAAUGAUAAAAGAUCAAUAACUAGUGAUCAAGGGAAUAAGAAAAGAGUAAAACUCAUUAGUGAAGGUGGUCAAUUGAGAUUUUCUUUGGUUAAGGAAUUGAGUGUUGAAGGAUCAUCUAUAGCGAAAGAAGCAUCUUUAAAAAAUGAGAACCUGGUAGACACGUUUGGGGAAGAUAAUGGUAAUGUAGAUCCAACAUUUGUUAAUAGUGUUUUAAAUUUGAAAAAUGGAAACUCAGCAGACACAAAAGAUCAAGAUGGUACAACCUUAGGUGUGGAAUCAUUAGAUGAAACUAGCAAUAAUUCAGGAUCAUUAGAUGAAACUAGCAAUAAUUCAGGAUCAGGUGCUAUGUCAGAUGUUGAACCACUUUCAGCUGCUGUCACUAAUAAUACUACUACUACAACUAAUGUAUCAAAAGAAUUUGUUAAAAAAUAUAGCAAGAGAGAAAGUUAUGCAAUGAAGAAAUUUGAAUUUCCCACUUACUAUUACGAAAGACAGGGUGCUGAAACAUUAGAUGGUUGGUUUUUAAUGCAAAAGAAUUUGAGCAAAAUCGGAAAAAAAGACUUGGUCAGAUAUCUAAUUGGUAUAUGUGGAUUUGAAGAGGUUACAGAUGAAACUGUAAAAAACAUUAGAGAAGGUUUUUUGCAAAAAUACAAAAAGGAAGGUCAAGAUGAUGACGAAGUAUUAGAAAAUCUAAUUAUUGCUCGGAUUGAAGGUGGAUCUGCAGCUGUUGUAAUUAAUAAAUUUGAAUUUAAAAAACCAUUUAAGGUUAAAUCAAAACUUCUGAUUACUUCCAAGCUAAGAGAAAAAGAUAUUGAAGAUCCAGAACCAAAAAAUGGGUUUGAUUACUUACGUGUGGCAGAUUUAAUACUUGAAAUUGAAGGAUAUUCCAAGCCCGUUCAAUUUAUUACGAUCUACGGUGAUCAUGAAUAUCAGUCAAACAGAAUCAGACUAAUUACGAAGGUCAAUCCAUUAAUUAAAAAGGAUGGUUCAUUAUUCAAUUAUGUAUUUAGUGAUCAAAAUUCCGGGUCUAAUUAUGAUGGCUCCGUUAAAGAGUAUGACCUUAGAAGCCAAAAAUGUAUCAAUGAAUUUUUAGAUAUAAACAAGUGGGUUAGAACAACUAAAUUAGCUACUGAAAAAACUUUAGUAACGAAUUUUAAUCCUCAAGGUCUUCGAGAUAUUGAUUCAAUAUAUGUACCAGUAGAACAUGGAGAUAAUGUGUAUUCUCAUAAAGUUUUGUUUGAAAAAGACUAUACUGGUACACAUGCUGCAGUUAUAGUUAAGAUGGGAUUAAAAAAGUUAGGUACAAGAUUUAUUAAUAAGUCAGAAAAUACCAAAGCUGAAGAAACUUUAUUUAAAUUGAGUGGUAUCAGAAAAAAUAACGUACCUUAUACGUAUCAACUAAAUGAUGAAGAAUACAAAGCCGGGCUCAAAUAUUCAGAUCAUAUGAAAAAAUUAAUAAAAAAUGAUGAGGAAAGAGAACGUAUUAGUCUUAUACCAUAUACUGAAUUACUGAAAAAGAUUUUGUCCAAGUACAAUGAAGAAUACAAUGAUAAAAUUACCUCAAUUUCCAGUAUUUCAUUAGAUAUAUAUAAGAAUAUCAUCAUUGAUUUGGUAUUAGACGAGUGCAACAAGAACCUAAAAGGUCUGCUAGUCCAGUGGAAAAAAUUUAAAUUUCCUGGGUUUACUGAUGUUCAAUGUCAAGGUAUUUUUAAAAAUCUUUGUGGUAAAAAUAAAAUCAUAUUUCAAGAAAAAUGGAUCUUCGAUCCAAAUUUUGUGUAUACUCAAGUUGAAUUGAGUUUGGAAUUUUAUGAUAAAUUAUUGAAAACUUAUACCAAAUUUGAAAAUAGUUCUGAUAAAUGGGUUAAAAUCACUAGUGCAUUCGAUGGUAAAAUUCCUAAAUAUCAACUAAUCAAUAUAUUCAGAAGAAUUGAUGAAGGUGGUUGCACGGAAAAAAUCAAUGGUACUUUACAACUUACAAUGGAUUAUAAAAAUACAAUAAUCAAACGAGAAAAUGAUGCUAAAGUUAAAGCAAAAAAAGAGGAAGCUAAAGCUAAGGAAAGUGAUUUAAAAAAAGCAAAAUAUGAAAAAAUGAAAGAAGCUGAUUUGAAAAAACAAAGUCAAAAAUCAAGAAAACCUUGGACGGCGGAAGAAGAUAAGAAAUUGAUGGAGUUGUGUAAAGAAAAGGAUGGUAAGCCCAAUUGGUUAGAAUUGUCAAGUAAUUUUAAAGAUAGAACCGAAAAUUCAUGUCUACUUCGUUAUCAAAAAUUGAUUGCUGAACUGAAGAAAGAUCCAAAGUUAUUAAGAAAAGGUGCUUGGUCAAUUAAAGAAGAUAUGGUCUUAAGGGCUUUAGUUCAAAAAUAUGGCAACGAUUGGAGUAAAAUUGAUGAAGAAUUUCCAACUAGGACCAAAGAUCAAAUGCAAAAAAGAUGGUGUAUUCUAAGCAAAUCAUCGAAAUAA